GAACAGGUUAGACAAACACUUGUCAGGAAUGGGCUAGAUAAUUAGUCCUGCCACGAGUGCAGGAGACUGGACUAGAGGACCUCUCGAGGUCCCUUCCAGUCUUAUGGUUCUAUGUCUGGUGAUCAUCUAUUCUUUUAAAAUGAAGCAUUUCCUGAUCAUUGAUUUAUUAAUGCUCAUUAGCAUCUGUAGCCACGGGCCCUGCUCUGGGCUGUACUCUGCUGUUACAGAGCCAAGUAUUUGUGGUUUAUUUUUGGUGUUAUACUGAAGGGCACUCAAGUAAGGUCAUAUGGUUGCUGAGACCCCAGGACACUCAGACAAGGGAGCUUUCAGGGGGCUUUCCCAGGAGCAACAAACUGAUGGAGUGCAACUGAUGCUAUGAGCCUUGGAGGAGCAGCUCAGGCUGUGCAGAGGGGCUUUGCUAGAGGAUAGUCUGUCUCUUGUUUAGAUUGUAAACUCUUCCAGGCAGGACUAUCUCUUUAGUACAGUUUGUACAGCGUCUAGCAUGGUGGAGCGCUGAUCCAGGGCUGGGGACCUAGGGCACUCUAGUGAGGCAAAUGAAUAACAGUAAAAAUAAAAAGGAGUGAGGGUCAUUAACUAAUGAGGUUCGGAGGAGAUGAGGUUUCUCCGGAGACUUGCACAUUUAAGCCAUCAGUUUGAAUCCAACCCAGUUCGCUAGUGACCAAAAGUCACUGCGUGGGGCAAGGGGAAUGUGAAAGGAGUUGGGGGUGCCAAUGGAGAGAUGCCUGUCGUUACUGGCCCCUGUUGGCUGUCACAGCAGGGGCCAAGCACUGAAAUGAGCUGUGAAGUCUGAAGUCCACUCUCAGCCCUAGAAGUCACCCUGCAGGGCUGGUUUGAGGCACCUCCGGGGGCCAGUGUGGGAGAAGAUUGCUCUGCUAUUGCCCCAUUGACGGUGCUGCAGCCAUACAAGCAGAUGACUUCAGCUGUCCGAGUGCUGCAGGGGAGGCAUGGAGGGAACCACCCUUGUGCCCGCACCCUCUGCUCUGCCCUUGAAGCUCGGGCGCUGCUCUCCCCAGUUCUGUCCACACCUGCUCCUUGUGCUCAACUGGGGAAGACCCCUCCCCCCACCUGCAGCCUACACCUACCUCUGCUCCCCUGAGGAGCAUCAGGACAGGCUGGCCAGACAGAUUAAAAAUGCAUGGUAACUUCAUCUCCCUGUACCCCUAUUCCCCCGCCCUUCCAUGUAAAAGGAGCUCACCGGCUGGAGAGUGCAAUACAGUGUCAGCUAUGGACGCUGGGCAGGCCAAGCAGGAGGCAUGUGUGCAAGCCGCAGUGGGACUCCGACGCGCAGCAGGCUCGGGGAAGCAGGAGAGUUUCCGGGUUGUGAAUGAAGACUCCAGCCGACUGAUUUUCAUAGAUAAGGCAGACAAGGGCAUUCAGGAGGGCUGCUUAACGUUCGACGGCAUCUUUAGUCUGGACACGGGGCAGGACGAGAUGUUCUCGGAGCUGGUGAGACCCCUGCUGGCCAUGGUGCCCCUUGGCUACAGCGUGUCCCUGCUGCUGUGGGAGGCCCAUCAUGCCGGGACCGAGCCGCAGCCUCAGGGCACUGGGCAGCACCACAGCAUUAUCCAGCAGGUGAUAGAAAUCUUCUUCCAGGAGCCAAAGCCCCCAGGGGAUGGCGGGGAGCAUCUGCAAACUGUCAGCUUUGUCCAGCUUUGUGCAGAUGGAAACGCCUGGGACCUGCUCACCCCCAGAAAUCAAGCCCUGCACGUGCUCGAUGUCCCCCCGCUGGGUCUGAUGGUGGAAGAGGCAAGUGAAAUUGUUGUGUCCAACUCUACAGCUGCCUACAACUUCUAUGUGAGGGGGCUGGAGAACAGUCCAGCACUGUCCCAAGGGUGUUCGCAGCAAUCCCAGGGGGAGCGGCAUGCAGACACGUGCGCCAGCCUGUUCACCCUCACUGUGGAGCAGGAGCUGGAGGGCUGCAGGUGCCAACGCUCGGCUGUCAGGAUUUUGGAGUUCCCCCGAGGGGCCGGGCCCUGUGUGGAGCCUUUCUCACCCCUGCUCCGAGCUCUGGCUCCUGGUGAGCUCCCAGACGAUGCAGGAUUCCUCCCCUGGAUUCUCAAGCAGACGCUAAAAGGAAACAACCUCACGUUCCUGCUGCUGUGUUUGACCCUGCCAGAUGCCUCUGGAGAAGAGAUCCUGUCAGCCCUUUCGCUGGCUGAGCAGGUGAGGGGACUGGCCAAGAAGGUCUCACCAACCCACUGGGAUCCUGCCAAAGCAGUUUGGAGGCAGAGGGCAGAGAUCCGAGAGCUGAGGGCCCAGCUCCUCUCCAGCAGCAGCCGAACAGUGCAGGAGAGUGUGAUCAGCCAGCUGAGGAGAGUGCUGAGGGACCUGCAGGUGCUGAAGAACCAGAGCUGGGAGAAAAAGAAAGAGACGUCAGAGGCUUUUGAAGGAAGUGGGAGCCAUCAUCCUGAAGCUCAGGGUCGAAUCCCAUUGUGGCCGGGCAGGGAUGAGCAGCUUACAAACCAGGUGCUGACAGAUAUGUUGAGAAGCCAAGAGUUCCUGGAUAGAGGGUUUGUUCCCCUCUGUAAUGACAAAGGAGGCGAAGCUGCCACAAGUAGUCCUGAGUGGUUUGGCCGAAUCUCCCCGAGCAUGGGUGCAGUGACAGGGGAGAAGCCUUUGCAAAGUGGAGCCAGCAGAACACAGGAACCAACCUGCACUGGUAGCGUGACCGGCGCGGUGGGGAGCUGGGCCUCUCAGCAGCACCCGGCCCUGGAGCUGCAGUUUGCUGUGGCCAAGGCCAGGAGGCAGCGUCUGCGGGAGCAACACCAGCAGCUCAUCAGGCAGGAACUGCUGAAACUGGAGGAGGAGCUAGCAGGGAACCAGCAGCUCCCUCCUGCCCAGCGGGACGCACGGUGCUGGCCCAAGGAGAAGGCAGUGCUGGCCCUGCAGCUGGAAGCACUGCGGAAGGAACAGGCCGAGGCAGAGAAGGACCUGGAGGCGCUGUACCAGCAGCACAGACUGGAAGUGGAGGCUCAGAAACAACAUGUGCUACAGGUGUUUCGGGCCUAUCGGGGCCUCUCAGAGGAGCAGACUGAUGCGCUGGAUCGACGGUACCGGAAGCUGCUUCAGGAGGCCCUCCAGGACGCCAUCUCCUUGUCUGCGCAGAAUCAGCAGCUCCGCACACACAGGCAGCUGGACUGCACUGAGCGCGCCUCACAGACAGACCCGCACUCCUGAGCAGUGAGCUGUGCUGUGCUGUGCCAGAGCGCUCUGCCCCCACCCCUGGGGGAGUGAACACUGGAGGGUGUGUGGGGGGGUGAUGCCUGCCAAUCAUUCCAGGGAGGAGAUGCAGCGUGGAUAACCUCGGGGCCAGGCUUUCUUACAGCGUCAGGCAGGUGUUCUGGUGUUUUAGCAGGUCUCUGAGCAGCUGGGAAGCUCUUUACCUGCAUCUGGCCCUGGGAGGUUAUGGGGGACUGAGCAGGCAACGUGUGAGCACAUUGCUAACUCAAUACAGCACCUUCCCCUCUCCCCGACCGGGCUGGGAGAGAGCAGAGCAUCAGCAAACGUAGCUUUAUAAAGCUACAACUCCCAUCAGCUUCUAGGCCCUCAGUGGGAAGUGCACUGUGACCCUGUUCCCAGCUCCUUUCCACAGCAAUGGGGCAAGGCGUAACAGGGGCUUGGAGCCCAGUGCAGUACUCGACAGCUGCUCCCAACUGCUAGGGGUGAGAUACCCACUGAGGUCCAGCUUCACAUGCCCAGAAAUCAAUCACAGCAGCAAAAGCAGCUGCACACGUCAGCAAGGAACCUGGCCCUGGCUCCAGCCCAAGGGCUGUCAGGAACUGUUAACGCACACAGUGCAGUGUUCAGAGUCCAGCUGCAGUUCCUCCGGACCUAAGGAAUGUCUCCCUGCAGCAGAGGCCAAUACACCCCCAUGGGACCGGGUGUUAGGCAUCUGAGGGAGGGGCUGACAUGCAGGGCUGUUAAGGCCCCGGCUCCCACAGCCUUUCAUCAGAGCAGAGGCCCUGGCACUACCACACACCCUGCCACUCCAGGAAGUGUCCCAAUCUGGAGUUAAGGGACUAGCUGAAGGCUCUCAAAGUAGACCAUUUAGGCCACACUCUCUAUUACAGCCUCAACCCCCCCUACCCCCAUGUGUGAGAACUAGCCCCAUUACCCUUGCUGAUCUUGACGCACGUGCAGCCCGCCUGGCCUAGGCCUUGAGAGCAGCCAUACACCCUGUUCAUUUAAGAUGCUGCAAAAGAUGCACCUGGUCCACUGGAACAGGCCUAGUCUGAGUGUCCACCACAGCCCAGCCAUUCACUGCUGGCCUGGACUGACCCCCAGGCAGGAACCCCCGUUACAGCCUGGGGUAAGGCUGCCCUGUAGGCAGCAGCUAAGUGGGUUGAAGCCUUGGCCAUUCCAGGGCUCUGCCCCAGUUAGGGCCCAGCCACACUACAGCAUUUAACUGCAGUGUAAAUGAAUCCCCCAGCUCAUUCCAGGGGGAUGGGCAACCGGAUCACAGCCUAUACAGAUAGUACCUUAAGCUCAGCCCCUUCCCACAGCAGGAGGACUUACUGCACCUUCCAUAUGUAUCCUGCACCUACGGUGCUAACAGCAAGUGGGGCCUUCUCCCCUCUCCCCAGAAAGGUUUGGGAGGAGAUAAAGUGCUUUACCCAUGGGGCAGAGUGCCUAGCAAACAUAUGGGUGGCUUGUUUUUCUCAACGGUUUAUUCCCCCAUUGGAUUCAGCCAACAAGGAGGGAGAGACAUACAGAGCUCGCUGUGCGUACUGCAGGGGACCCCAGUAAGAGCACGAGCAGGCAGACACAGGCAUUUGGGAGUAGUUCCAUGGGUAGUCACUGUCAGUGGACCCAGACAGGGUUCUGCUAAGCUGUCCAGAGCAAGGGUUAGCUCCGCACCACAGGGGAAAGGCUGAACAAAGCCCCCGUGCCUCUUUCCAGGGGCUGUCAGCAGUGUGGAGAAUUGUGCUUCUGUGGGACCGGCAAGCACUGCUGAAAUACUGUGGGAAAUGAACUGCAUGAGACAACUGGACCAGGAACCCAGGGCAGGUUUCUCAUUCCCUCAGGCUGCUGCCAGCUGAAAUAAGCCAAUGAGAUUCUCAAUAAACAGUGUAUUCACACGUU